UUCGUCAGACCGUCGGCCGCCGCAGUGAUGGCGGUCCCGGUCAUUCCGCUCGAUGAAGACUGGGAGGAUUUUAACGAGUUUAAAGCUGCCGAUUCACCACAUGGCUGGACCGCGGUGCCGGAGUGCUCAACGGAAGUCCCGAACUUUGUGUCUUUCGACGAGACUUUGAGCGCCAGCUUUCCGCCCCCGAGCAGCAACAGCUCGUGCACGGAUGUCUGUGUGCGCGCUGUGAGUGAGCGCGAGCUGCUGCGCGACGACGAGAUCUGGAAUGCUUUGACAAAGAACUAUGGCAAUGUAAUGCCAGUGGACUGGAAAACAUCUCGCACUCGUUCGCUGCACCUCCCCACACUGAACCUUCAACCACAACAGCGGGUGGAGGUCAGUAAUCUUGACCUGUCUGAUGAUGAGGACCUCAGAGAUCAGAUGGACAUGCACACCAUCAUCAUCUCAUGUGUGAACGAGGAGCCACUGUUUACUGCUGAACAGGUUAUAGAGGAAAUUGAGGAGAUCAUGCAGCAGUCUCCAGAUGGUGAGGAACACGAGAACCCGUCUCAAUUUGACCUCUCGGUGAUGCCCCAUGACUUACACAAACUCACACAGUCUACAUCCAGCAGCAGCUGUGAGGAACGGUUGCAUGGUCUGCGUGCGUCCGAGCUGCUGGAGCGUCUGGAGGAGAUGGAGAGGCAGAUUCGUGGUUUCUCAGAGGAGCUAAUCGAUCAGCUGGCCAUGCGAGAGGAGCUGGACUUCGAGAAGGAGGUGAAGAACACAUUCAUCUCGGCUCUUAUCGAAGUACAGAAUCGACAGAAAGAACAUCGCGAGCUGCUGAAGAAGAAAAGGAAGAUAAAGAGCACACAAGGAGUAACGCGAUCCGAUCGAUCGCACGUGCCAGGAACCUAUUUGACAACAGUGAUCCCGUAUGAUGGGAGCAGUAGAGCCCCGUCUGUAGAAGAUCUUCAGAUUCUGACCAAGAUUCUUCAUGCCAUGCGUGAGGACAGCGAGACCGUUCCUGCUCUUCUGACCGACUACAUCCUCAAAGUGCUGUGUCCUACAUAGGCCGUGGAUCUGCAUGUUGGCUCUUGGCAUUGGUACGAAGAUCUUCAUCACUCGAGAUGAUGCUCUUCUUUAUUAUUGCACAGAUUUCACCCCACCGGUGGCAUUUCGUUUUUUUUUCUAUUUGUAUGUUUUGUUUCUUGUAGAUCUCAUGAGAGUUGAGUAUUUAGUUUAUGUCCUAACGUGGUUCAUAUAUCUGUAACAGUGUUUGUAAUAGUCACUACUCAUAUGUACUGUCUUAAUUUGUCGCAUAAUAGCCGAUACAGAUUUAUGUUUUAUUCAGACUUCAGGUUUGUUUCCUAGUGUAGAUCUUGCCGUUUUAUGUCUAUGUGUAGGAUCAGCUGUGUGAAAGCGAUUUCAUGAAGUCUUUAUUAACUUAGUUUUCUCUACAAAUGUUGGUACACAAAAAAGGGAAAAGGUUGGUGGUUUAUUAAAGUUAGUCAUGGCAGCAGUCACAGCUAAACAGAUUCAUCUACAGCAAAACUUUAUUUAUAAGCAGCAAACUUUACCUCUAAAUAUUUUAGAUUUAAUUUGCAGUACUGAAGCGUGUCAGUCUUUUUUUUUGGACAGCUUCAAGGUUUCAUGACAGUAUUACUAAACGUUUGAUGAUGUGCACGAGAUUUGGGCUUUUGGAGGGUCAUGCAAACAGUUGGACUCAUGACGUGUGAUUAUUGACCGAGGGAUGUUUUUGAAAGAUCAUUUAAGGUCUCUGGAUUUUCUGUCCAGGUGAGAUCACAACAAAUGAUUGUAUGAGAAAAGAUGAAAUGAUUGUUUUUCUUACCAGAUGAACUAUGAAGCAGAGAUGAUAUUUUUCUAAGUCUAUUUGUAAAUGCCGUAUGUUGUUUAUUGUGAUGGAGAGAUUGAGAUCAUCUUGCGUUGACUCCCAAAGGGGCACGAAGUUGUGUCACAUUGUCAACAUGAAAUAAGCACAUCAUGUUAAAGUUGUUGACACAAAAAUGAGAAUUCUGACAUUAUUUAUUCAUAUGACUUUUCUGUUGUGACACAUGUGAUGAAUUUGUGUCUGGUUUUGUUGACUCACAAUCUCUGUGCAGCUGUCCAAAAUCUUUGUGUUCAUUAGAGAAAUACAAAUGUUUGAUUUAUGAACAAAUGAUCUGAUUCAAAUCUUUUUAGUGUGAAAUAUAAAACACAUGUUGUAUGUUUUGGUACUUUCCUUUUGAUGCUGGACAGCUAAAUUUAAUAUUCAAUAUUUGUGUUUUUGUGCUCCACUUAUAUGAUGGUGAAUGACAGAAUUAUCAUUCUUGUGUGAAUCAAUCUUAAUGCAAAGAUAAAAACUUUAUGAAGUCUCUUGGGGCCAAACCUAUUCAUGCAUUAUAAGGCGUAAACAGUCCAGCUUAUUUCUUUUAGUCCAAAAUGAUCAACAUUUCAUCUCAGUAAAAUGGUUGAUGUUUUUUUAUUGGUAAAGCAUUUAAAAUAGUUGCUGCAUGCACUUUGAAUUGAUCUUUAGAAAGGGAAUGUGCAGAUUUUGUGGAAAAUGUUAUUAACACAAAACUUUAAUGAAUGAUCACAUCAGCAGCGUGUAGCCUCUGAGUUCAUGCGUUUUGUCAUUUGUAGGGUUUGACUCGGAGAAACAGUAGUGAACAGUAAAUCAGGGUACACUAUAAUAAUGAGAUUAUAUAUUUAUACAAGCAAUAAUAAAAUGCUGCCUUUGUAAGUGCAUGAAAUUUUAUACUGACCUUAUUUUUAAUGCAACAUUUUUUGUCCUAAAGGUCAUUUUUGAAUUAAUAUUUUGUAAGAAGUCCACUGUAUGUAGCAGGGCAGUUUUCAAAUAAAGGCAUCUGUUGUUCAUCAAA